ACGCCAUGGGCCCGUCCGAUGACAAGUCCCCGGUGCAGAGCGUCCAAGAACUUCUUGGGGUGAUCAGAACUGGUCUGGGCACUGCUCUGGAUCUCAAGUCGUUGUUUGGUCUAGGGGUUGUGGGCCUGGCUGCCGCAACCGCGAGGCAUAACCAGAGCGUGAGGCCCGUGGUUCGACUCUAUGACCGACUCCUUGAAGAAGCAGGGCCUCUAGUAGGCGCUCGGGUGAAGAUGACCACGGAUCCCUACCGUGCCUUGCACCAACAGAAAGCCCUGAUCUUGCAGGGCCGCAACAAGGAGGGCAAGACAACCCUUCUCUGCACGGCCCUGCCAUGGUACCAUCGGCGAGGCCCAUGGGCCUACUACGGCCUGUACUUCAACGGCGGGCACGGCAAGGCCGUCAGCAACUUCGAAAAGUGGCACACCGUCCAGCUCUUCGGCAACCUGAACAUGGGUGGCUCGGCUCGCGAAGGCAAAGCGAGGGUGAUCUUCGUCGUGAACUCCGAUGCCGGUGCCCAGACUCUCCUCAACUUAAAUCAGGGACCUCGCUUCACCAAGUUGAGCAUGGAGCCUCCCUCCGGCGAGGGUGCGGACCUUGACCAGGACCUCUUCGGCAAGUGCGGCCGCAACAUCGGCCUGUACAAGCAGGUGCUUGCCGAGAUCGACCGUGGCGCCAUCGAGAAGGGCAAGGAGGAGACCUUCAUCGAGGAGCAAGUCCAGCGCUGGGAGCGGGACUUCCACAUCCCGUAUCCCUUGAAGUACGACAGAUCUUGGAGCAGGCUGGCUACGAAGAAGUCCCUGCCUCUCAUGAAGCAGACGCUGGGGCAGGCCUUGGAGCAAGUGCUCCUAGCACAGAAAG